AUGAAUACGAUUCAGUGCGACGAACAAACCCCCGAGAUCAAUCUUCUUGGGAGAUCUUCUGGGGCGCAAAGCCGGACGCACGACUCAAGCAUACGUAUGUCUUCGGGAACCAGGUACACAGGCGAGGUGUGGUCGGUGUUCUACUCGGCGGGUGUGGGUAGAAUGUCGUCUUCUUUCAUGGAUGUGGUCUGCAACCAUGAGGAUGGAAAGUGUUCGGCAAAAGUGCUUAGACCGAUUGACUGGUCGUUCGUGGGUAUCCAGGAGAUGUCGGUGGCGGGUCGACAGACUCUCCUGUCGUGGUGGUUGACUUCCAUCCUAUGUCGAUGCACAGGCGGGGUGUGGUUGGUGUUUCACUCGGCGGGUGUGGGUAGAAUGUCUUCCUCUUCCAUGGAUGUGGCCUGCAUCUAUGAGGAUGGAAAGUGUUCGGCAGAAGUGCUUAGACCGGUUGACUGGUCGUUCGUGGGUGUCCAGGAGAUGUCGGUGGUGGCUCCACGGACUCUCCUGUCGUGGCGGCUGACUCCCACCCUAUGUCGGUGGCACCUAUGUAUGAGGACGCCUAAUCUGUCUCGUCUCCAGUACGCACACGGACGAAUAUCCACCUUUGGACGGCUUCCUCUCCCCGUUGGACCGACACACACUCACCCCUCCGACGACCCGUCUAGCCCAAGACCUCAGGACGCCUAA